AUGCAACUUUCUUCUACACCUUCUGUACCUUCUUUACCUUCUGUAAAUAUUCCAUGGACCACUGACGUUACGACCUCCUCUUCGACCGAUAAUAAUGUUCACUCUUCAUCUACAUCACCUUCUGUUUUAUCAAACUUUUCGGAUGUUAACUCUCCGGUACUCUCUUCUAAUACUACGUCAUCAGCUUCCACUUCUCCGUUAACAACUUCAUUAAGGACUCGUAAUCGUAAGAGGUCUGCUAAUGAAAUAGAUAAAGAUCCAAUAAUUGUGGCUGAUGAAUUGGCUAUGAAACGUGCCAAAAAUACAGAUGCUGCUCGCAGGAGUCGACUUCGAAAGGUAAAGAGAAUGGAAAGUCUUGAAAAGGAAGUAACGAUACUCAAGAACGAAAAUAUUGAUCUACAAACUCGUAUCGCUGUUUUGGAAAGUGAAAAGAAGGGUUUAGAAGAUAAGAACGCUGAAAAGGAUGCUAGGGUUAAGAUGAUGGAACAACGUUUGACAGAAGCACAUGACAGAUUAGUAAAGAUCAAUAAUACUAAAUAA